CUUCAAAGAGCCUUACCCUCUUGUUAACGAGAUUGACCUCCUCUGUCUUGCGACCAUGGAUCUCUUAAUCCAGUUUGCCUACCCAUCCUUAUCUGGUUACGGUAAGUUCACAAUUUCCUUUACCAUGAAGCGAUCUUACGGAGAGGAGAUCUCAUUUACGCUAGGUCAAGCUAUCCUCUUGACUUAUGAAGAUUGUAAGUGAAUUCCAAGGAGUGAGGUCUAUGCUCAUAUAUCGAGAUAUAUAAUGAAAUAUGCAGAAAUUUACGAUGGAGAUUCUAUUGUUCGACUCAUGAUCCGAGUCUAUAUGGACGGUAAAAAGAUGGAUAGGCAAACCCUAUCUUCAGAGGAGAGAGAUAGCGCACUUUCUUCAAUCAUUGAACCCGGAUUGAGUGAGAUCGAGCCAAUAACAGCAAAAGAGAUCCGAAAUCGUAAGCGUAAAAAAAGCCGUCCAACCCAUAUCACAGCACUCAAACCAUGUCGUACUGAGCUGAAACCUUUCAUUGUUGCCGAUACCGAAACGAUACUGAUCGAUAACGUUCAUAAGCCUUAUGCUGUAGGUCUCAUGAUGGUUCGUCCCGGUGAACAGAUCAAUAAUCUUAUGAUUGAUACCUACUUCAGCGAAGACUACUCUAGAAUCUCGGAUUCCUUUGAAGAAAGGAGUACCUUAGUACUUUAUGACUUGGUACUAAGGAUAUCAAGGAUUGUUAGACGAGAAAAAGAAACUUUAACUAUUUACUUCCACAACUUCUCUAGAUUCGACGGUAUUCUCUUGCUUAAGCACCUAGCAUGUCAUCACAAGGACAAGAGAUACACGCUAAAACCACUGAUGAGGAACAAUAGGCUUUACGAGUUAGCUGUCUAUUCUGGUAAGAAGAUGUUAUUCCGCUUCAGAGACUCCUUGAACCUACUCCCUGGCAAACUUAGCUCCCUAGCUAAGAAUCUAUGCCCGGAACUUGGCCCGAAAGGCUCUAUCCCAUAUGAAGAGGUGACAUUGUCAAAUCUGGUCAGUCUGAAGACAAGCUUGUUAGACUAUAUGAAGCAGGGCAUCCUUCUACUUGGAGGUGUAAUGCAAAAAGCUCAAGGGAUAUAUUGGGUGCUGUACAAGGAGGACAUAGAAAGCAAGAUCACCCUUUCCUCACUUGCUCUAAGCAUCUUUCGUAUGAAAUACUACGAUUCAAAGAAUUGGCCAAUCCACAUCCCAAACAAGAAUGAAGACUGCUUUAUAAGGCGUGCCUACUACGGCGGUCAUAGAGAUACAUACAAACCAUAUGGCGAGGACCUAUACUACUACGAUGUGAACUCUCUCUAUCCCUUUGUCAUGAAGGAAUUUCCAAUGCCAGGUGGUGUGCCUGUCUGGCAUGGUAAUCUGGAAGGCAAGGACUUAGAUAGCAUCUUUGCCUUUAUUGAGGCAUAUGUGGUAUGUCCGAAGACAAUCAAGAGGCCCUUUCUGCCCCAUCGGGACAAGAAGAACACUCUCAUCUUCCCGACCGGGGAGUUUGUUGGAGUCUACUAUUACUAUAGCGAGGAGUUAAAGUAUGCAAGAGGCCUAGGCUACAUCGUGCUCCCAAUCUCUGGCUACCUCUUUGAGAGGAUGGAAAGCCCAUUCAACGACUUUGUUAGCUCACUCUUUGAGAGCAGGUUAGAGGCAAGGAAAGAAGGUAAUGAGGCCUUGGCCUAUGUGUACAAGAUCUUUAUGAAUUCGCUAUACGGUAGAUUUGGCAUUAACCCUAAAAGCACGACAACCGAGGUCUGCGAUGAAAAUCGAUACAAAUAUUUGAUCAGGCAUAGUGAGCUGAUAUUCGGUGAUAUGCUUAGCGAGAACAACUACAUCGUAGCCUACCAUAGCAAUACAGAGACGGGCUCUGAUUAUUGGAACCCAUCGAAACACUCAGCUGUCCAACUGGCUGCUGCGAUCACAGCUAGUGCAAGGAUUUAUAUGUACCCAUAUAUCUCAAGGGAGGAUUGCUACUACACAGACACAGACUCUGUUGUGCUUGGUCACCCACUACCUGAAGAAGUGAUUUCUUCUUCUGUCUUAGGAAAGUUUAAGCUAGAGGACAGAGUCAUGAAAGGAUACUUUUUAGCACUGAAAUCCUAUUUCUACAUCGCAAUAGAUGGUACCAAUGUACUCAAGUACAAGGGACCAGCGAAAAACCAGGUCUAUCCAGAAUGGUUUGAGUCACAGUACGCGGACCCAUCUCGUACAGAACUGGUACCGGUGGAAGCCAACUUCCGGAUUGAUUGGCACACUCUUAACAUCAUUAAGAAGGACACACUGGUUAAGCUUGGGAUUAAGCUGGGGGCAAAGAGGAUACCAGUAUAUCACAGAGAUGUCUGGGUGGAUACUGAUCCAAUUGAUGUCAAAGACUUGUCUUGCCUAGAUCACAUAGGAAAACAAAUAAUCAAAUCACUAAGGAAUGAUGUAAUACAACUACAGACUGAAAAGAACCUUCUCAAUGAAAAAUUCUCUCAAAAAGAAAGAGAGAUAGCCGAAAGAUACAAAGAGAUGAAAUCUCAGUUUGAUGCUGAUAAGAAUACUGAUACAGAUAAAAGGAUGCACACUACAGAGAUACGGACGGAAGACGUAGAUGAACCAACUGACCCUACAUUAGACGAGAAAACUAAGACAGACGAGGACUUUUAG